CCCGACCAUGGCUUCAAAGUCACCAUUGUUCAUUUUGUUUUUCACCAUAAUAACCAUGGUUAUGACGGUCCAAAUGACCGAUGCCCAGCUCUUCGGCCAAAACCUCAACAUCACCGGAUCGGUGUUUUGCUCUCUUAAUGGCAGCUCCGGUGUUGUCAAUGCUAGUGUUCCACCUUUUCCUAAUGCAACGGUGCAGUUGGAAUGUGGAUCAGGAAAUGUGUUGGCCAGCACCACGACAAACAGUGCGGGGUCGUUCUCAAUAAUUGUGAGUCUGAUAACUUACGUCGUCAACAUAUUCAGCGGUUGCAAGAUCGUGGUGCCGACACCUCUCUCCUCAUGCAACGCGUCGCUCCCCUCAACAGGCUCCUUAUUCUCCCCCCUCCAAAAAAUUGGACCAGAUAAUUUCAACCGUAUCUUAAACGUCACCAAUGGAUUUCAGUUUCUUCCAUGAUUGGCCGGGAUGAAGUCUACAAACUAAAAGUUACUUAAUAUGGUAUUGAUGUUACACAUAUAUAUAACAAUGUCCUAAUAAUUAGUGGUCAUAUAUAUAUAUAUAUAUAUAUGCACGUGACUAAAGAAUGAAUAAAAAGGAGCUGCAAUGGUGCAUCUCCUAGGUUAUGUAUGCACUAUUUAGGGUUCCUUCCUUAAAAAAAUAUAUGAUUGUAAUAU